GCCUCCCCUCCUCCUCCUGCGAUGGUAACCAUGCUGUUCAGGGCCGUCCUCCUGGCGGUGCAAGCCCUGCAGCUGGCCGGUGCCCUGGACCUGCCCGCGGGUUCCUGCGCCUUUGAAGAGGACACUUGUGGCUUUGAUUCAGUGUUGGAGUUUCUGCCCUGGAUUUUGAAUGAGGAAGGCCAUUAUGUUUACGUGGACGCCUCCUUUGCCAAGCAGGGGGAGAAAGCUGUGCUGCUCAGUGCAGACUUGCAGGCUGAGGAAUGGAGCUGCCUCCGCCUGGUCUACCAGAUAACCGCGUCGUCACAGCCUCAGUCGGAGCCCAGUCAGCUGAGCCUCUACGUGAGGCUUGAAGACGAAAACUUUGAUCGCUUGCUUUGGUCGGCUAAGGAACCCUCGGAUAGCUGGCUCAUAGCCAGUCUGGAUUUGCAAAACAGUCCCAAGAAAUUCCAGAUUUUAAUAGAAGGAGUACUAGGACAAGGAAACACAGCCAGCAUCGCACUGUUUGAAAUCAAGAUGACAACUGGCUACUGCAUUGAAUGCGACUUUGAAGAAAACCAUCUGUGUGGCUUUGUGAACCGCUGGAACCCCAACGUGAACUGGUUUGUUGGGGGAGGAAACAUCCGCAGCUCUCACUCGGCCCUCCCACAGGAUCACACCUUCCAGAGCGAGCUGGGCCACUACAUGUACGUGGACUCAGUGUACGUGAAGCACUUCCAGGAGGUGGCGCAGCUCAUCUCGCCGAUGACUAUGGCACCCAUGUCCGGGUGCCUGUCCUUCUAUUACCAGCUGCAGCAGGGCAAUGACAAUGUCUUCUCCCUGUACACUCGGGAUGGGUCUGGCCUCUAUGAGGAGAUCUGGAAAAUGGACACUCCGGGGAGUGCCACCUGGAACCUGGCGGAGGUUGAGUUCAGCGCCCCCUACCCCAUGGAGAUUAUUUUUGAAGUGGCUUUCAACGGUCCCAAGGGAGGGUACGUGGCUCUGGAUGACAUCGCUUUCUCCCCCGUUCACUGCCAGAAUCACACAGCCAUGCCCUUCAGCACUGCAGAAGCAAGCUGUGACUUUGAGGCAGAUCUCUGCAAUUUCUACCAGGAUAAAGAAGGUCCGGGUUGGACCCGAGUGAAAGUAAGACCCAAUAUGUAUCGGGCUGGAGACCACACCACAGGCUUGGGAUACUACUUGUUGGCCAACACCAGGCUCACCUCCCAGCCUGGCUACAUUGGAAGACUGUAUGGCCCCUCUCUCCCGGGAAACUUGCAGUAUUGCCUGCGUUUCUAUUAUGCCAUCUAUGGGUUUUUGAAAAUGAGCGAUACCCUAGCAGUUUACAUCUUUGAAGAGAACCAUGUGGUUCAGGAGAAGGUCUGGUCUGUGCUGGAGUCGCCAAGGGGUGUGUGGACGCAGGCCGAGGUCACCUUUAAGAAGCCCAUGCCUACCAAGGUGGUUUUCAUGAGCCUGUGCAAAAGUUUUUGGGACUGUGGACUUGUAGCCCUGGAUGAUAUUACAAUCCAGUUGGGAAGCUGCUGGGCUUCAGAGAGACUCCCGCCCCCGCCUGGAGAGUGCACUUUCGAACAGGAUGAAUGUGCCUUUACCCAGGAGGAAAAAAACCGGAGCAGCUGGCACAGGAGGAGGGGCGAGACGCCCACCUCCUACACGGGACCCAAGGGAGACCACACGACUGGGGUAGGCUAUUACAUGUACAUCGAAGCCUCCCACAUGGUGUACGGACAGAAAGCCCUCCUUUUGUCCAGGCCUCUGCGUGGCGUCCCCGGAACACACUGCUUGACCUUCUUCUACCACAUGUACGGUGCAGGCACGGGCCUGCUGAGUGUUUAUCUGAGAGAAGGAGGAGGCCGUGGAGAGACCCUGCUGUGGAGGAGAAGGGGUGAGCAGAGCAUCUCCUGGCUGCGGGCACAGGUGCAGUACAGCGGCCCGAGGCAACACCAGAUCAUUUUUGAAGCCAUUCGAGGAAUGUCCAUAAGAAGCGAUAUUGCCAUUGAUGAUGUUAAAUUUCAGGCAGGACCCUGCACAGAAAUGGAGGCUACAGUUCAGCAGUCAUCAGGGUACUCUGAGGACUUGAAUGAAAUUGAUUAUUAAGAAUUCAUCGGAACUAGAUUGACAAUGCAAAUAAAUCAUACCUCUCUUCAGUGAAAAUGAAAAGAAAGCAAGUGAAUACUGGGCAGUCGGGACCGUUUCACAACUUGUGAAAUGACAUUAAGGCACCCUUCUUCGUUACUUUUGCAAACAAAAUCCUGACUCAGGGAUUUUUUCUUUUUCUUUUUGCAUUUGACAACUGUUACUAGAAAUACAGGCUGCUGGUUUUGUAUACAUCUUUUAUAAUUUUGGUACCAGGUAAAAGCAUAAAUGCACUAUGCUAUUGUCAUUUUAAAUAUAUAAACAAAGGGCACAAUCAAAAUUAUAAGUGCUCACUUAAAUCUGCAUUCAGUGAAUGUACUGGAAGAGAAUGGGACUUGUGCAUUGCCUUUUGAAUUUCAACUGUCAAAAGUAUUUUUGAAGUAAGCAGUGUGGAGUGUCAGAUCUGCAGAAUGAAUGCGUGUUCACUAAAGUUUUGGAAAAUAAAGUCUUAUUUCCUGUUUGAUUCAUA